AUGUCGCCGACGAUUCGGUUGGAAGAUCACACUCAAGCCUCCAGAGCCUACGAAUUCCAGAGCAACGCGUCAUACGACAGACAGGCGGAUCCUGGCCAGAGUCCAGCAGAAACUGCCCUACACGAAGAAGGAUUGACGUCAUUCGAUAAACUGACUGUGGAUAUUGGUGAACGACCACCGUUGGCACGUUCAAGCUCUCUAGAGGUUCACGCUCCAUCCCCAACUCCCGAGGAGGAAUUGGAGUCACCAACCAUCCUGGCCAGUACCGGUCUUGAUGGGCCCUUGAUCACAGAAGACAGCUCUUUUCCAAUACAGAAUUCAACUGCCAGACAUAGUUUCUCCGACACCACGAGCGAGACGAGCAGUUUUAUUAUAUUGACACCACAAGUAUCAAGUACCGAUUCCAAGACUUCAAGCGCUCCAGCUCCGCCAUCUUCGCCAUGGCAACACAUCAGAAAUCCAGCUGGAUUUAUGCCCAGCCCUCGUCUUGUAACGAUUGAGGAGGCUCUUGAUGACCAGUUACAACAACCAUGUCCACCACUUGAUCAUAUAACGCGUCACGGCAUUACCUCGAACUACGGUGGUAUCGUCAGAAGUUGCGGGCCACCUUCGUUACCUGCAUCAACCUGCGGAAGCCAUACUGGUGAACGACCACGGCCACCACGUAUCGAUGCUCCAAAGUACCCGCCGUGCUGGACCACCGCCGAAGGGUUACUCAUUGUGCCCAGCGUGCCAGGUGAGCUGGUAAUGGACAGAAUGGAGCAGAUCAGAUCCGGCAACGAUGAAUUUCUUGAAACCACUUUGUCAGCACAUACCCAGCAUGGAAACUCCUCCAGUGAAAGCGAUAUGACAGACGAUUUCGAGACUGUCGCUGCUCUUAGCCCUAACGUUACGGCAUUCCGGAAAGGAAGAUGUCCGCGGAGGAAGAGGAGUCCUAGCUACUACGAUCUUGAUAUACUCCCUCGUCAAAGAAUCAAUCACGUCGACUAA